GCAAGGAGCAGCCAAUCAUCUGCCUAUCUCGCCGCACAAAUGGCUCAGCGCUCGCUGACUAAGCGAUCUGAUCUCACUCAGCGCAUGACGUUCUUUUGGGCGGGCUGCUACCGGGGUCCUGCCUCAAAUAAUAAUAAUGUGACCAAUAAUAAUUGCGGCACACGAGCACAUUGAAGCGGCUUGCACUUUGCACUCAACGGUCACAACUCCAACACUAACACAACGUUGAACAAGGCAGGUACUAGUGGCGAGAAACCCUGGACCCUUCUUGCUAUUUACCUUCAGGGGGACUUACACAGAGGAUCAUACUUUCCUCCUCCUUUACCCUCUAGAUACCCCUGCCAUCCUUAGGGCAUGCAUUGGUCCGAACGAUCAAGAAUGGCUACGCUUUUCAAGUCUCCAGAUCGUGACACUAAUGCUCACCGUUCGUCCUCCAUUGUGAGCAGGGCGGAAACUCCGUCACCUAAUGGCUCCCACUCCGAUCUUUCUGCCGCGACUGAUAUGUCUCGACCGCCAAUUAUUCUCGGCAUAUGUGCCAUGGAUGUCAAGGCAAGGUCCAAAGCCAUGCGUGAGAUCCUUACUCGUCUUGUCGAACGAACAAGAGGUGCCAUCGAAGUCAAAGUUUUUGGUGACAAGGUCAUUCUCGACGAAGACGUCGAGAACUGGCCACGAUGUGACGUUCUCAUUUCCUUCUUUUCAACCGACUUCCCGCUAGACAAGGCGAUUUCUUACGUCAAGCUUAGACAGCCUUUCUGCAUAAACGACCUGCCCCCUCAGGCACUUCUCUGGGACCGUCGCCUCGUCGGAGCGGUUCUCGAUCACCUCGGGGUACCCACCCCAAAACGCCUUGAAGUCUCUAGAGACGGCGGCCCAAAGGUGGACGAGGAGCUUCGCGAGCAUAUGAAGAAAAAAAUCGGUAUUGAACUUGGGGCGUUCCAGGUUACGCCGGAAGUCUACCUUAGAGAAGAUGGGAAUGCGAUCAUUAUCGAUGGUCAAGUGAUGGAAAAGCCUUUCGUGGAGAAGCCUGUCAGUGGCGAAGACCAUAACGUGUACAUUUACUUCCCGGGCGGUUAUGGUCGUCGCCUUUUCCGAAAGGUUGGCAACAAGUCCAGCGAGAUCGACCCCACCCUCAACCAUCCUCGAACAGAUGGUUCCUACAUUUACGAAAAGUUCGUGGACGUAGAUAACAUGGAAGACAUCAAAGUCUACACUGUCGGAAAAGACUACACGCAUGCCGAGACCCGUAAGUCGCCAGUUGUCGACGGUGUCGUCCGUCGAAACACCGAGGGCAAGGAGAUCCGUAGGUUUAUUACCCACCUCAGUGAUGAGGAGAGGUUGUGGGCUGCCAAAAUUAGUGAAGCUUUUGGUCAGACUGUAUGCGGCUUUGAUAUGCUAAGGACCGAUAGUGGCAAGAAGACCAAAGUCAUUGACGUCAACGGCUGGAGUUUUGUCAAGGGAAACGAGUCGUAUUAUGACAAAGCCGCAGAAAUUCUUGCCUCCCUCUGCAUCCAAGCCCGCGCGUCCCCCGAACGUUUGCUCCCUGCAGGCGAAACCAUCGAACAACCCACCUGGCUCCUCAAAGCCAAUGUUACCGUCUUCCGACACGCAGACCGUACUCCGAAACAGAAACUCAAAUUCAACUUCCCCGUUGACGAAACCUGGACUCAACCUUUUGUUAAACUGCUCGGGGGUGAAAGAGAAGAGAUCAUCCUGAGGGAAAUGACGCAGUUGAGUUUGCUUGGAGAAGCGGUAGAACAGGCGAAAGCCCUGGGAGCGGAUGGCGAUGACUUGAUGAAGCUCAAGCAGUUGAACGACGCGUUGCAGAGGAAGAUCGAAUUGCCUGGUACGAAGGCACAGUUGAAACCUGUGUAUUCGAAACGACAGCCGGGGCAGCCGAGGAGACUUACGAAGUUGACCUUGGUGUUCAAGUGGGGUGGAGAGUUCACGCAUUCGGCGAGAUACCAAUCUCGCGAUUUGGGCGAGACUAUGAAAAAGGAUAUUUCUAUCAUGAACAAAGACGUUCUCAAGAACGUCAAGAUUUAUACCUCUUCAGAACGCCGCGUCGUCGCCUCAGCGGAGAUCUUCGCCGCAGCGCUCUCCGAAACAAGCACUCAACGAGACUACAGCACCUCGUCUAUCACAUCCGCAAGCCACUCCUCUCGUUCCUCCACCGAUGGUGGAAGCAGCGCACCCAGUAGUAGUUUCACUACCCCCAACACACCUGCACGUCGGGACGCCUCUCAAGCUAGUUCGUCAAAGAUCCCAAAGCUCAUCGUACGGAAGGACUUGUUGGACGAUUCAAAUGCCGCUAAAGACCUCAUGGAUGAUGUUAAAAAACGGUUAAAAAUACUUCUUAGGCCCGGCGAGCCGGAGAAGAGGCCGGAGUUGACUUGGCCUAAGAGUAUGAAGAAGGAGCCGGUGGAGGUUGUGAAGGUUGGUGGUGCUUUGCGAUUCUGGCGUUUGGGCACGAUGUCGAGCAGUUUGUGUUUACAGGAAGUGAUUGAGCUUUUGGCGUCGUUCCGAGAGAUCAUGCAUCGGAAUUGGGAGACGCUUGAUGUUGACAAGAUACAGGAACGCUGGUGUUGUGGGGAUGAACCUUGGCUGUUCCGUGAACGUUGGGAGAAGCUGUUUGAGGAUUUUUGUGAUGUGAAGCAAGAGAAGUUUGAUCCAUCUCGAGUCUCUGAACUCUAUGACACGAUCAAGUAUUGCGCUCUCCAUCAUCGGACAUUCUUGUUUUCCAUCUUCAAUGAGAAUGGCGGAAAGGACCAACCUCAAGAUCGACGUCUGCACGAGCUAUACGGGCGCGCAAAGGCUCUCUUUGACCUUGUUGCUCCACAAGAGUACGGGAUAGAGCCCGAAGAAAAAGAGGAGAUUGGUGUUUUGACUUCACUCCCGUUACUUCGGAACGUUGUCAAUGACCUCGAGACGGCACGGAACAAUGAGGAGUCUUCGUUGACUCUCUACUUCACGAAAGAGAGUCAUAUUCAUACGCUGGUGAACCUCGUUCUGUUCUCGGGGCUUCCUAUUGCGAAUAGGAGAAUUCCUGAGUUGGACUAUUGCUCACACAUUGUGUUUGAAUUGUACGAGCGCAACUUCGGUCGGGGCAAGUCUGACAAGGAGUAUUCCAUCCGGAUCUCGCUGAGUGAAGGAGCGCAUUCUUCCAAUGUCCUCGAUUCAGCCCUUGAUGCCCGACAUUCCCUCAAUGUCCAGCCGAGAAGGAAAUUGACUCAACACUUGCCAUACAGUUUGGUAAUUGAAAAGCUCUCGAAACAUUUCGAUCGAGUCAUAGAGGACGACGACGGACCUGAUACCCCAUUCGAGACGAUAGACCCUACAAGCACAAACUUAAUUAGCGAUGGCAUAGUCGAAGAGGCGUAACAUCGUCUGCAUCAAGACCUCUUACGCAUUUCACGACACAUAGACCCACUUCAAUAAUUCAAUACGACAUCCUACAACUAAUAUUCAGUACAGCUUAUCUAUGUUCAUAUCUAGACGUCAAGCAUAUCUUUAACAUUAUCAAGUAGAAUAUAUAGCUCACAUCUAGUUUACUUUGGUAUAAUGCUAGCAAAUGGAUAUACGGAUUCGGAGAAAGGAGUGUAAGAGUGGCGAGCGAUUGGGGCGAUGUGCGAUUUCAUGAGGUGUUGUUAGUUUCCCAUUCAUGAAGACCAAUCUGUUUACGCAAGGCAGCGAGUUUAUCUGGUUUGAGUUCGCGGAAUUGGAUACUGUGAGAGCCUUUGCCCGCCAUGGAGGGAUGGUCUUUGUCAAAUAGUGCCGAUGAUGAUUGAGACAGAAGAGAUGAUUGUGUUGCAAGAGCUGCGAAUGACGAAGUUGUGUCGUGAUAUCUAACGGCAUGAAUCAGGAAAACCGGCGAUGUACGGUUAAGAAGGUGACAUACAAUCGGAAAGCCUCCUUAUUCAGACAGUCAUGUUCCUUGAUGUCGUCCAACGCAUGUUUCUUGAACGC